AUGCUUUUUCACUUUGUUAUCAUCGCUCUCUGGGUCCUCCAGAUCUGCUUCCCUGUUAUAGACCAUCUGAUGUCCGGUAACUCUAUCGCUGGCUCUCGCGAGCCUCUGGUACUGCUCUUACCAAAGGCACCGCCAAUCCUCCUGUUGGAUGACCCGGAACCGACCAUACAACCUCCUUUAACCGAUGCGUCUCACUUCGAGGGACUGUUUGCCAGCAUGAGCUCGGCUACAGACUUGGACGAGUGGUCUGUACAUCAUCAGGUCAUCUUCACGAUUAUUUUCGCCGCUCUUCUGCUUGUGUUGGCCUGUGCUGGAUUGGCCAUUCUAAAUGCUGAAGCUGCUCCUCCGGUACCUCUCUCACUCGAACUAAUCGGCCUGUGCGAACGAUGUAGCUCCGUCUCCGCCCAUUCUGCCUCCGCCCGCCUCACCCGGAUCGAUGCAAAGACCGGGGUUGCGGGCACAGCUGAGUCUAAUGGCGAAUGGGUGGAAGGCAGAACUCUGGAGCCAGCGGUAUCAACAGGUUCGGUUAGCUCUAGUGUACAUGAGAACAACGCCGGAGCACCAUCGCAAACAGAGUCGGCCGAUUCAAUCUUUACACCUCGACACAGGAGCCAUAUGCUGGAGUUGAUCGCAUCCCUCAGGAGGUUGGAACAAUCAGGAAAUCCUACAGGACGACCGUACGACACCGGUAGCUGGAGCGACCUUUCGGAUGUGCAGGCGAGAGCGCGGACACCUGAGUCUGAGUCUGAGUCUGAGCCUGGCACGGCGCUGUCGACCACGGUCAGCCAGGACGACAUGUACAUAUUACUCCAUGGUAUGGUUGAAGCUCUGGAAACUUGGUCACCAACCAGAGGACCUGGAGCAGGUGCCGUGGUCGAAUCCAGACUAAGGCCGCCUCCAGCUUGCUUUAAUUUGGGUUUGCCUCUUGCAGCCAACUCAUCGUACGAGUCAAGAUUAUCCCGAUCGACAUCAACGAUCAGGACCACAGUCAACAGGGACGGCCUGCGCAGACCUUUCACUGGUACGGUUGAGCCUCUGAGAAUUCGACGACCAAACAGAGGAUCUGGAACGGGAGUCAUGGUCGAAACUAGACCAAGGCCGCCCACAGCUGGCUUGGAUAUGGACUUGCCUCUUUCGGCCCGCGCGUCAUAUGAAUCAAGAGUAUUCCGGUCGACGUCGGUGAUGAACGCGACAGCCAGUACGGUUGAACCUCUGAGAAUUCGACGACCAAACAGAGGACCUGGGAUGGGAGCCGUAGUCGAGACCACAGCAAGACCGCCUUCACCUGGCUUGAAAGUAGGCUUAUCUUUUGCAGCCGGCUCACCGCAUGAGUCAAGAUUAUCCCGGUCGACAUCGGUGGUCAGGACUACAGUCAACCGGGCCAGCCUGCAUAGACCAUUCAGUGGUACGGUUGAGCCUCUAAGAAUUCGACGACCAAACGGUAGACCUGGAACUGAAGUCGCGGUCGGGGCCAGACUGAGAUCGCCCCCGGCUGACUUGAAUAUGGGCUUGGCUCUUUCAGCUAGCUUGUUAUAUGAGUCAGGAUUAUCCUGGUCGAUAUCAACCAUGGGGACUACAGGCAGCCGGGACGGCCGGUACGGACCACUCAAUAGUGUGGUUGAGCCCCUAAGAAUCAGGCGACCAAACAGAGGAUCUGGAACCGCAGCUAUGGUCGAAGCUAGACUGAGGCCGCCCCCAGUUAACUCAUAUGUGGGCCCGCCUCUUGUAGCCAGCUCGUCAUACGGGACAGGGAUAGUUCGGUCGUCGUCGGCGAUAAGUGGGCUUGGGAUGGAGCGGGGGUGGGCGGGGAUCCACACGCGGCCGUUUGCGCACCUACGCACGUGA